AUGGAGUCUUGUUCAACGUGCGCAACUAUCCUACAACCGCAGAACACACCGCCACCAGAGAAGAUCCCCGAGGAUCGGACGGUAUCAUGCUGCGGGAGAAUCAUAUGCGGCAGGUGUAUAAAGAAUAACCCCAGGUUUUCUCAGUACUGCCCGUACUGCCAAGUAUCAAGCACGCCGUCUCCUCUGCCGCAAGGACUCAAAGAUCCACCGUCUUAUACGUCGGUUCCAUCCUCACGAGCCAUGAACACUGCCCCUCCACCAUAUACCCCCAUAGACUCGAAGCCGCAGCCCCCAAAGCCUGAGAACAAAGCCAUAGAAGAAGACGAGAAGAAUAUAGCCGAUGAUACCCUCCAUUUUUUGAACCACGACCACGACACCAUCACAUCAUUGUCCUUUCGAUACGGCGUUCCUGCAGUCGCUCUGCGCCGGGCCAAUAACAUAACGAGUGAUCAUCUUUUACAGGGUAGGAAGACGAUUUUGAUACCUGGUGAAUAUUACAAAGGUGGUGUUAGCCUGUCACCCACGCCUAUUGAUGGGGAAGAUGAAGAACUGAGAAAGGGCAAGAUACGGCGAUUUAUGACGUCUUGCAAAGUGUCUGAUUAUGACAUCGCACAAUUGUACCUUGAGCAGUCGGGCUACGACCUUGGCGCUUCAGUACAGGCGUACUUUGGUGACGAGGCAUGGGAACGGGAACAGGCUAGAAAUGGAUCAAGCCAUGCGCCGACGAAACCCAAGAACCUAGGUUUCUUUUGGCGAAGGUAG